AUGGCAGCUUCCAACUGGACCACACCCCACCCCUCCACCUUCAUCCUCCUCGGCAUCCCGGGGCUGGAGGCGGCCCACGUCUGGAUCUCCAUCCCCUUCUGCACCGUCUACAUCCUGUCUGUCGUGGGGAACUGCCUCCUCCUGGCUGUGAUCAAAUCCGAGCCGAGCCUCCACGAGCCCAUGUACCUUUUCCUCGCCAUGCUGGCAUUCGCCGACCUGCUCAUCUGCACCACCACCGUGCCCAAAACCCUCUGCAUUUUUUGGUUCAGGGACCAGGCCAUUCAUAUCGAUGCUUGCCUCAUCCAGGUGUUUUUGAUUCAUUCACUCACCACCAUGGAGUCCGGGUUCAUGCUGGCCAUGGCCUUUGAUCGCUACGUCGCCAUCUGUAACCCGCUGCGACACUCGGACAUCCUGACCCGUUCAGCCAUAGCCAAGAUAGGGCUUGUCGUUGUGGUGAGGGGCGCCAUGUUACUGUGCCCACACCCAUUUCUACUGAAGCAGCUCCCGUAUUGCACAACCAACAUCGUUUCUCACACCUAUUGUGAGUUCAUGGCACUUGUGAAAUUGGCCUGUGUGGAUACCACAGGCCUGAGAGCCUACGGUCUGGUUGUAGCAUUUCUAACAGCAGGGUUAGAUUUUAUCCUCAUCAUCCUGUCCUACAUCCUGAUCCUCCGGGCCGUCUUCAGCUUGCAGUCAAAGGAGGCCCGGCGCAAGUCCCUCAGCACCUGCAGCUCCCACGUGUGUGUCAUGAUAGCGUUCUACACCCCCGCCUUCUUCUCCUUCUUCUCCCACCGCUUUGGCCACGUGGCUCCCCAUGUCCACAUCCUCAUCGCCAACGUUUACCUGCUCUUGCCUCCCAUGUUGAACCCCAUCAUCUACGGGGUGAGAACCCCGGGGAUCCGCCAGAGAUUGCUCUACAUCCUGGGCCUCAAGCCAGCCUAA